GGGAACUUUAGCUCGUGCAUGUUAAGCGCGUUAAUGUAGAGCAUCUAUAAAGUGUAAGGAGUCAAGCGGUAUCCUGAUCACGAAAAUUCGGACAGGACUGAAUAGAGAUGGAUACCUUCUUUGUUGAGGGAGCUCAUGUGUGGGUUCGAGACCAGGAGCAGCUCUUGCCCUCCAUCGUCAGCUGUUGUGAUGACCGAACCCUCAUCUUCACAACCGACUAUGGAGAGGUGAUCACUCUGGAUCAGGGUGAGAUGAACAGGCUCAAGGUUUUCCCCAUGCAUCCCACCAGCAUCGGUGGAGUGGAGGACAUGUCCACACUGGCCGAAUUACAUGAGGCCUCCAUCAUGCACAACCUCUACCUGCGUUACCAAAAGGACCUCAUUUAUACUAACAUUGGCUCCAUCCUAGCAGCUGUGAACCCUUAUAAAAAAAUAGAAGAUCUUUAUGACACAAAGGCAGUGGACGUGUACAGCAGACAUCACCUGGGUGAACUACCUCCACACAUUUUUGCUGUAGCCAACGAGUGUUACCGCUGUCUGUGGAAGAGACAUGAUAGUCAGUGUGUGCUCAUCAGUGGAGAGAGUGGUGCUGGGAAGACGGAAAGCACCAAACUGCUGCUGAAGUUUCUGUCUGUCAUGAGUCAGAACUCGACAGGCUCUCCGCUCUCAGAGAGAACCACACGGGUGGAGCAGGCCAUCGUACAAAGCAGUCCAAUAAUGGAGGCAUUUGGGAAUGCAAAAACCAUUUACAACAACAACUCCAGUCGCUUUGGCAAGUUCAUUCAGCUUCACUUCUCUCAGAGUGGCAACAUCCAGGGUGGCUGUAUUAUUGAUUAUUUACUUGAAAAGAACCGAGUUGUCCGGCAGAAUCCAGGAGAGAGGAACUAUCAUAUUUUCUAUGUCUUGUUGUCAGGUGCUAACCGUGAGCACAGAGAAAUGUAUAUGCUGGCUGAUUGUCCUGAGGCAUAUCAUUACCUGAAUCAGUCUGGCUGUGUGAAAGACAGGAGUCUGGAUGACAAACAGCUUUAUGAGAGUGUGAUGGAAGCAUUAAAGGUGAUGGAUUUCACUGAGGAAGAGAUCCGUGAUGUCUUCAAGCUGCUGUCUGUGGUAUUACAUAUCGGCAACAUUGAGUUCAUGACCGCUGGGGGUGCUCAGAUCACCACUAAAGGAGUGGUCAGUGUUGUCAGUGAUCUACUGGGGCUCGACUCCUUCCAGCUGUCUGAGGUUCUGACUCAGCGCUCCAUGAUUUUGAGAGGAGAGGAGAUCUGCUCACCACUCACUGUGGAGCAGGCAGUUGAUUCCCGGGACUCUGUAGCCAUGGCAUUGUAUUCGCAAUGUUUUUCUUGGAUCAUCGCCCGAAUCAACCAGAAAAUCAAAGGAAAAGACAACUUCAAGUCCAUUGGCAUUUUGGACAUCUUUGGCUUUGAGAACUUUGAGGUAAACCGGUUUGAGCAGUUCAACAUUAACUAUGCCAAUGAGAAGCUCCAGGAGUACUUCAACAAGCACAUCUUUUCCCUGGAGCAGCUUGAAUAUAACAGGGAGGGAAUACACUGGGAAGCCAUCGAUUGGAUGGACAACGCGGAGUGUCUGGAUCUGAUUGAAAAGAAACUGGGCAUGUUGGCUCUUAUCAAUGAAGAGAGCAGAUUCCCUAAAGGCACGGACUACACUCUGCUGGAGAAACUCCACAGCCGGCAUGCUACAAACCCUUACUACGUGAAACCAAGAGUGGCAGAUCACCAGUUUGGCAUUAAACAUUAUGCAGGAGAGGUAUUGUAUGAUGUACGUGGCAUUCUAGAAAAGAACAGAGACACAUUCAGAGAUGAUAUUCUCAACAUGCUGAAGGACAGCAGGCUCGACUUCAUCUAUGAUCUGUUUGAGCGUGUUGGCAGCAGGAAUGGAGACGAGACUCUGAAGAUGGGCACUGCCCGUCGCAAGCCCACCGUCAGCUCGCAGUUCAGGGAUUCCCUUCAUGCACUGAUGGCUACUUUAAGUGCCUCCAACCCUUUCUUUGUACGCUGCAUUAAACCCAACAUGGAGAAGAAUGCAAAUACAUUUGAUGCUGAUGUGGUUCUGAAUCAGCUGCGUUAUUCUGGAAUGCUGGAGACAGUGAAGAUCCGUAGAGCAGGUUUUCCUGUACGGAGAACCUUCCAUGACUUCCUCAGCCGAUACACAAUGAUCUUGAGGGACAAAAACCACACAGCGGAUGAGAGGGAAAAAUGUGCAGAUAUGCUGACGAAGUAUGAUGUCACAAAGAAAGAGUGGCAGUUGGGAAAGACUAAGGUGUUCCUAAAGGAAGCUCUGGAGCAAAGGUUGGAGAAGGAGCGAGAGGAGGUGCGCACAGCGGCUGGAAUGGUGAUCCGGGCCCACAUACUAAGUUAUGUGGCAAGAAAACACUAUAAUAAAGUCCGUGCCAGCACCAUCACAAUUCAAAAAAACUACCGUGCUCACUUUUGGAGGCAAGUCUUCCUGCGUUUCCGCUGUGCUGCUGUCGUCCUCCAGAAAAACCUCCGUGGACAGCUCGCUCGCCAGCUCUACCGCCAGCUCCUGGAGGAGAAACAGAGGAGAGAAGAGGAGGAGAGAAUCAGAAGGGAGGAAGAAGAGAGGAGACUGCAAGAGGAACUGAGGAGGCUUGAGGAAGAGAGAAGAAGACAAGAGAAAGAGAGAAAGAAAGAGGAGGAAAGACAGAGGCUUCAAGUGGAGGAAUGGAGGAGGAGAGAGGAGCAACAGAAAGCAUUGCGGAUACAACAGGAAGAGGAAGAGUUUAACAGGAGGCAGGAAGAUUUGAAAAAGGAGAGCCGUCAGAUGGAGGAGAUCCUGCGGCUGGAGCGAGAGAUUGAACGGCUACAGAAGCAAAGAGACGAAGGUGUGUCCUUGCUGAACGAGAGCUCCAGAGACGAACUGCGGCAGAAGAGCGACGCUGAGAUCUACCGCCUAGAGAAAGAGGCUUCACGCGUGGCUACUGAGUUCCUGGAGAUGCUAGACUUUGGAGGGUUGGAGCAGUCGCUCUCCAGCGAAGAGAACCUUCAUGACUCAUCUGAGACCACUGCACCUCUGGCAGAGGAAGAAGUGGACGAAGGCUUCCACGCGGACGACGAGGGCAUACCACUCGGUGAUUCCCCCCCCCCAGCUGCUACCAUUCCUCUGGACAAGGAGAUUCUCUCCAGUCUUCCACCUCCUCCACCUGCCUUUGCAGAAGGUCUGGUGGCCACAUCUUCACUUGCACAGAUGGAGCGGCCAAAAUCAAUUUCCUCAAUGAAACAAUACAGACUCUUAGAGAUCCCCCCACCUCCACCUUCUGCUCCACCCCCUCCUCCACCAGCACCAGCAUUAACCAAAGGAUAUUAUAGAGUGGUUUAUAAAAACUCCAGGAAAACAGAGAUUUUACUGCCAGUGGAAGAGACUAGCUUUAGUAUUCUACCAGAUACUGAGUCUGAUUAUGACCAAGAGGAGUUUGAGGAGGCAUUGGGGAGUUGUGGUGAUGCAGGAAGUACAAACGACGGACACCUCACGGACGAGGAAGUGCUACGUAGAUCUUCCUGUACCUACAACAGUAUGGAGUCCUUUAGGGGAAGUUCAGACUCGUUCAUUGAUAGUAAUGAGGAGAAUGAUGAAUAUGUGGACACAGACGAGGAGGUGUCAAAUGGUAGAGUGCAUCUACUAAAUGGCAGUGGACCUCCAUAUUUCCACAGCUACCUGUACAUGAAGAGUGGGCUGAUGAUCCCAUGGCGCAGGCGCUGGUGUGUUUUGAAGGAUGAGACCUUCAUGUGGUUCAGGGCAAAGCAGGACUCUCUCAAGUCAGGCUGGCUGUACAAGAAAGGUGGAGGGAUGUCCACUCUGUCCCGCAGGAACUGGAAGAUGCGCUGGUUCGUCCUUCGAGACUCCAAACUCAUGUAUUUCGAGAAUGACAGUGAGGACAAACUGAAGGGAACCAUUGACAUCCGAUCUGUCAAAGAGAUUGUGGACAACCACGAGAAGGAGAAUGCACUGAACAUUGUGACGGAGGAGAGGACCUACCAAAUCUAUGCAGAAUCCCCUGAGGAUGCCAGUGGCUGGUUCAAUGUGCUGAGUCGAGUCCACAGUGCCACUCCAGAACAGCUUCUGCAGAUCCAGCACGAGCAGGCCAAUCCCAAGAACGCAGUCGGAACACUGGAUGUUGGGCUUAUCGACUCUGUAUGUGCCUCAGACAACCCAGACAGGCCUAACUCAUUUGUUAUAAUAACGGCUAAUCGCGUGAUACACUGCAACACUGAAACACCAGAGGAGAUGCACCACUGGAUCGGCCUCCUGCAGAAACCCAAAGGAGACUCUAGAAUAGAUGGCCAGGAGUUCAUAGUGAGAGGUUGGCUGCAUAAAGAGAUGAAGUCCAGUGGGAAGAGCACUUCUCUCAAGCUGAAGAAACGCUGGUUUGUUCUGACCAACAACUCACUGGAUUAUUACAAAUCAUCGGAGCGCAGUGCCUCUAAACUGGGCACACUGGUUCUCAACAGCCUCUGCUCUGUUGUUCAGCCAGAUGAGAAGGUCUUCAAGGAGACCAGUUACUGGAACAUAAUAGUCCAUGGAAGAAAGCAUUCUUACCGUCUCUACACCAAGCUACUGAACGAAGCCAUGAGAUGGGCUUCAGCCAUUCAGGUGGCAAUUGACAACAAGGUUCCGAUAGAAACACCUACCCAGCAGCUCAUCAGAGACAUCAAGGAGAGCAGUCUAAAUAUGGAGGCUGUGGAGCAGAUGUACUGGAGGAACCCCAUUCUGAGAUACACUCAGCACCCACUACACUCGCCCCUGCUGCCUCUGCCAUAUGGGGAGGUUAAUGUCAGCUUACAAAAGGAGAAGGGCUACACCAGCCUGCAAGAUGAGGCAGUGAAGAUCUUUAACUCAUUACAGGAGAUGGAGGCUGUGCCAGACCCAAUGCCCAUCAUUCAGGGCAUCUUACAGACGUGUCAGGAUCUGCGGCCACUCAGAGAUGAAGUCUACUGUCAGCUGAUCAAACAAACCAAUCAUGUGCCUCAGCCCAACAGCCCUGCUAACUGCGCCCACUGGCAUCUGCUCACCUGCAUGAGCUGCACCUUUCUGCCCAGCCGGGGUAUAUUGAGAUACCUCAGAUUCCACUUGAAAAGGAUAAAAGAGCUGUUUCCUGGAACAGAAAUUGAGAUGUUUGCGGUCUUCGUUGGCGAAUCACUGAAGAAGACAAAGACACGAGAGUUUGUGCCUUCCCAAGAGGAGAUCAUUGCUCUCCUGAACAGACGAGAGAUGACGACCACUGUUUACUGCCAUGGCGGAGGCUCCUGCAAGAUUUCAAUCAACUCUCACACCACAGCAGGAGAGGUGGUAGAGAAACUGAUCCGAGGCUUGGCAAUGGAGGACAGCAGGAACAUGUUUGCUUUAUUUGAGCAUAACAUCGCGAUCGACCGAGCCGUGGAGAGCAGGGUGAUUGUGGCUGAUGUGCUGGCCAAGUUUGAGAGGCUGGCAGGAAGUGAGGUGGAGGAAGAUGGUCCAUGGAAGCUUUACUUUAAACUUUAUUGUUUCUUGGACGUGGAGAGCAUGCCCAAGGAAGGAGUGGAGUUUGUCUUCAUGUUUGAGCAGGCUCAUGAGAGUUUGAUAAGUGGUCACUUUCCUGCCCAUGAGGACACCCUCCAGCACUUGGCUGCUUUACGGCUGCAGUACUUGUAUGGAGACGUGUCUCGGGUAAAUUGGAACUUGGAUGGCGUUUACCCCACCGGCCGUUUGCGCAACCGCAUACUUCAGUUCACUAAAGUAGGAGGAGCGGCCGGACCGGGACAUACCAUGGAAAGGAGGAGGACGAGCUUCCUGGAUGGCACACUGAGGCGUGGGCUGAAGACGGGCACCAUGAGGAAACAGCGCAGCCUGCAGGAGGAACAGAUGUUGGAAAUGUGGAUUAAGGAAGAGACUUCAGCCACCAGGGCCAGUGUCAUGGAGAAAUGGAGUCGGCUGCAUGGUCUCGAUCAGCAUCAAGCAAUGCUCAAAUACAUGAACAUCAUUAAAGAGUGGCCUGGGUAUGGAUCAACACUAUUUGAUGUGGAGUGUAAAGAAGGUGGUUUCACUCAUGAUCUCUGGCUGAGCGUAAGUGCUGAGAACGUAUCUGUGUAUAAGAGAGGGGAGGCCAAACCCCUGGAGACUUUCCCUUAUGAACACAUCGUUUUCUUUGGAGCUCCUCACGCCAGCACUUACAAGAUCACAGUUGAUGGUAGAGACAUGUACUUCGAGACACCACAGGUUGGAGAGAUCGCUAAAAUAAUGAAAGCCUACAUCAACAUGAUAGUGAAGAAACGAUGUAGCGUCCGAUCAAUGUCCAGCUUUGGAAGCAACUGGAUUAGGUGAUUGGUGCUAUCCAAUUACUGUCAAGACAAGACUGUCUUUGGACCUUCCUUUGAAGGACGAACUCAAUAGCAUGGAUGUGAACUGAAGAAUAUAUGAGAUGAAAGGAGAAGAGACAGGAUCCAGUAAGAGGACAAACAUCAUGUGUUUGUUCACCCUUACAAAUAAUUUGAAUUUUUGUCAACAACCACCCCUUUAACAGAGUAUUCUAACUUGGCGCUAUAAGUUUCUAUCAAGAAAUGUGUUUGUUCACAAUGAAAGUGACACGUACAAUAAAAGGUGAUUAGAACAUACAGUAUUUAGAUGUUUGAUAUACAGUUGUGCGGAGCAGGAUUUUGGACCAUUGAGAUGUCACUGUGGGUGGGGCUACCCACUGCGACAUUACAGAAAUAAAAACCAAGUGACCAACAGUGGACUAUGUCCUUUCGCUCAUCGCUUUUUGCCACUGGUAAGGACAGAAACUAAGGCAAUGUUCACACUAAUACGUAUCUCACCCUCACUAGAGCAUUGUUUUCCUCCACCAAAAACAGAGAUUUUCGAAAACACUCUCCAUAACCACAUACUUUGGAAAAUGAUGAUGUUCAAAAAAUGAAAAACAGAUUAGUCUGGAUGCAUCCUAAGAGAUAGCUUUUAACAAUUUUUGCUUUAUCUUAUCGUGUCAGGUUAGGACAUUGUGUAAUGCUACUUGGCCAACAAAUGUUCAUCGGCAAUACCUCAAAGUCCUGAUUGCUUUGUUUCUUUCCGUUUUCUGUCUGACAAUUUCAAGACUUAUUGAACACUCUUUGAAGUGUUGAAGUGAAAAGAUCAAUACACGGUCUUUAAAGUUACAUGCUAAAAAAAAAUUAAGAGGCUUCAAAGACUAAUUACCUUGAAGUAAAUGCAACCUUUUUAAAAGGUCUAGAGCAAUGUUAAAACUUGCCUAUCCGCCUUACUUUGUACAAGGGCUGCGUCAAAUAUACUGGCGGCCAAAGGUUUGGAAUAAUGUACAGAUUUUGCUUUUAUGGAAAGAAAUUAGUACUUCUAUUCACCAAAGUGGCAUUCAACUGAUCACAAUGUAUAGACAGGACAUUAAUAACGUGAAAAAUUACUAUUACAAUUUGAAAGAAAUGUUCAGAACUUCUUAAACUUCAAAGAGUUCUCAUCAAAAAAGCCUCCACGUGCACCGAUGACCGCUUUGCAGAUUCUUGGCAUUCUAGCUGUCAGUCUGUGCAGAUACUCUUGUGACAUUUCACCCCACACUUCCUGUAGCACUUGCCAUAGAUGUGGCUGUCUUAUCGGGCACUUCUCACAGCACCUUACAGUCUAGCUGAUCCCAAAAAAGCUCAAUGGGGUUAAAAUCCAUAACACUCUUUUCUAAUUAUCUGUUGUUUAAUGUCAAUGUUUCUUUGCACACUGUAACCUUUUCUUUUGUUUUUCUGUUUCAAAAGUGUCUUUUUCUUUGCAACUCGUCCCAUAAGGCUGCAGCCCUCAGUCUUGUCUUUACUGUUGUACAUGAAACUGGUGUUGAUCUGAUGUACUUAUCCUCUUGUUUAGUUGUACAUCUGGUCUUCCACAUCUUUUUCUGUCUUUGUUAGAGCCAGUUGUCCUUUGUCUUUUCAGACUAUAGUGUACACCUUUGUAAGAAAUCUUUCGUUUUUUGGCAAUUUCAAGCAUUGUAUAGCCUUCAUUCUUCAGAACAAUGAUUGACAGAUGCGUUUCUAGAGAAAGCUGUUUCUAUUUUAUUUAUUUUUUAUAUGACAUGCCAGUCGAUUGCAUACUGUGGCAACUAAAAAACAAACACAAAGACAAUGUAAAGCUUCAAUUAAUGAACUAAAUAGCUUUCAGCAGUGUUUGAUAUAAUGACAAGUGAUUAUCUAGUACCAAAUUUGCAAAUUUGCAUGAUUACUCAAGGAUAAGGUGUUUGUUGUGCUGACUGACUAUACUUGUGAUCAGUUGAAUGCCACUUUGGUGAAUUAAAGUACCAAUUUCCUUCCAAAACAGCAAAAUAUGUACAUUAUUCCAAACCUUUGGCCACCAGUGUAGGUGGCUUUCUUUACAGUUUAUCUUAAAGGAAUUUGUUACAGAACCUUCACUCCGGUUCAUCAGGUUAAUAGAAUAAAGAACGUUUUUUUCUCAGAAUUUCAAUGCCUUAAUGUCUUGCCGUAUUAGUCCCCAUGUAUUGUGCAUAAGGAACUCUGGGUUAAGCUCAAGUAAAGUAUUGAUGACAUAAGAUAUAAGCAAUAUCUCAACAUUCAGUGCAGUGUUGUGGUUACUAUAGCAACAAGAGAAGAGGCUGGUCUUUCAGGAAAUAGUAUCUGGAAUGCAACUAUACUGAUACUUGUGAAAGCUGUGAUGCUCUUUGUGCUAUUUCAUAAAGCAAAAAGGUCAGUUGUAAAUUCUUUCAAAAAAUACUUUUAGUGUGUAUUUUUAUUUUAUUUUUUUUAAGAGAGAUGUUUGUCUUUUUAACGAAGCCUACAUGUAUCUGAAGGAUGAUUAUCGUGUGCCUAAAAGAGAGUGUAUAAAUGUGGGUGGGCUGGGUAUUUAUUCAGUGUUAGUGAUACUGUAUGGAUGUUGUGUUGAUGGCAUGUAUACAGACUCCCUUCAUCAAUAAUAUAACACACAGUAAUAACAGGAGUGGAAUGGAGGAUAGUACUGUGGUAUCUCAUGCAAAGUUCUGUUCAAGAUUGCUCCUUUUUAAUGAAUCUGGUCAGCUGCUGGUCAGCUCAAAGAGUGAAGCCUCAUCAUUCAUUAUUAGUUUAGAGUCAAAAUAUGUGUAGAGGAUGAAAGUCACAAAAAAAAUUUUUGUAACUGGAUUUACAAAAUGUUUCAAUAAAUUAUUUCAA